AGGAGCGCGCGUGCGCGCGGCCAGGCAGCCUGGGCGGCGGGUCCUGCUUGUGACGGACGGCGGCGUCCGGUCCUGCCCGUGACGGCGGUGGCGGCCAAUACUGCCUUUAACAGCUGCGGCGGCUGCUCCAGACACCUGCGGCGGCGCCGGCGGCAACCGCCCGGCGGCCGCGGAGAUGUUGCCCCUGGUGGUGCUGUUGCUGGGCUCAGCGUGCUGCGGUUCAGCUCAGCUAAUAUUUAACAUAACCAAAUCUGUAGAAUACACUGCUUGCAAUGAAAGUGUUACCAUCCCAUGCUUUGUUAAUAAUGUGGAGGCAACAAACAUUAAUGAAAUGUAUGUAAAGUGGAAAUUAAAAGGAAAAGACAUUUUCACCUUUAAUGGAGCUCUGCAAAAGGCCACUCGUGACGAUAAGUUUAAGAGUACAAAAAUCAUACCACAAAAAUUACUAACUGGCAUUGCCUCUUUGGAGAUGGAUAAGGAAGAAGCUGUUGUAGGAAACUACACUUGUGAAGUAACUGAAUUAAGCAGAGAAGGCGAAACCGUCAUAGAACUAAAAUACCGAAUUGUUUCAUGGUUUUCUCCAAAUGAAAAUAUCCUCAUUGUUAUUUUCCCAAUUUUGGCUGUUCUUCUGUCUUGGGGACAGUUUGGUAUUGUGACAAUUAAAUAUAAAUCCAGUCUUGUGAAGGAGAAAACCAUUUUAUUUGUUGGUGGACUAGUGCUCACUAUAGUUGUCAUUGUUGGAGCCAUUCUUUUUGUCCCAGGUGAAUAUUCAACAAAGAAUUCUUGUGGACUUGGUUUAAUUGUAAUUCCUACAGUGAUAUUAAUAUUACUUCAGUACUUCUUUCUUCCUCUAGGUGUUCGGAUUUCUCCCUUCACCAUUGCCAUAUUAAUCCUUCAGGUACUGGGCUAUGUGCUUUCUGUGGUUGGACUAAGCCUUUGUGUCUCAGAGUGCACCCCAGUGCAUGGCCCUCUUCUGAUUUCAGGUUUGGGUAUUAUAGCUCUAGCAGAAUUACUUGGAUUAGUUUAUAUGAAACUUGUUGCUUCCAGUCAGAAGACUAUACAACCUCCUAGGAAAGCUGUAGAGGAGCCCCUUAAUGAGUAACUGAAGUGAAGUGACGGACUCUGAUUUGGAAAGUAGUAAGACGUGAAAGGAGUACAAUUGUGUUUGAGCACCAUGGCCUUGGUUCACUGUUCAGGAGAAGAGAACAAGAAAGAUAACUGGUUCUCAUCUGUGGAAAAAAGUAAAUCAUUGACCCUUAAAUGAUUAUUGUUACAGUUUUUAUUCAGAGCAUUUGUAAUGUAGUUAAUAAAAGAAUUGUCAUCUGUGUUGUGUGCCCAAUUGAGAUCCAGUUUUUUGUUGUUAUUUUUACUCAGUUAGGGGCAAGAGUAGAGUGGCCAACUUCCAAGAAUGAUGCCUUUCAGAUCCUAGGGUCUCUUGACUUUAGGUCACCAGUUUAAAUUGGUUCAAGGUGAGAAUUACCUGGCGCUACCCUCGUGGUUUCCCAGAGAGCUCUAUGAAGAACAGUGGCUUCCGUAGAACCUUUAGCAAACUUGGGUUCACGGCCACGUUGGCAGUUAUGGCUGGUGUUAGCCGAAUACGGUCUGUACCACUUCUGGGUCAAGGAAAUAGCAAAUUUAAGAACAGACAGGAGUUUGCUUGGGAAUAUCUUGAAUGCUGCCUGCGUGUGAUGUGAUCCGGCAGGAGAUUGUGGUCUUCAUUCUUGGGGGUUGCCAUUCACACAUUUCUUCCUUCGACAUACAGUGUAAUGAAUCCUUUCCAGAUUUAGAGUAAUUUUAUUGAUGGAUGUGUUUUUCUUUUAUUUACACAACCCUUUAAAUCCUGUCUUGUCCACCUGUUAUUUGCUUCUGCUGUACAAGAUGUAGCACCUUUUCUCCUCUUUGAACAUGGUCCAGUGACACGGUAGCAUCAUUGUAGAAAGGAGCCAGACUUAUUCUCAGAGAACUAUGUUCACACUUCUCAGCAAAAAUAGCGAUGGUUGUAACAUAUGUAUUUCCUUCCUCGGAUUUGAAGGCACAGUCUACAGUGUCUCUUCACUUUUCUGAUCUGGGGCAUGAAAAACCAAGAUUGAGAUUUGAACUAUGAGUCUCCUGCAUGGCAACAUAAUGUGUGUCACCGUCAGGCCGACAGGCCCCCCCGCGACAGGGUGGUUUUGUUACCAUUGUAUCUGUGUUGCAUGAUAAGCACUCAUCUUCCUUGUGUAGUCCUGCCUCUGUAAGCCCCUCACUCUAAGAUCGGAAAGUAAAACAAAACCCCCCACAUCUCCUACCCCCAUUAGAAGAAAAUUAACGUUUCUGACAGUCGUGAUCGCCUGGAGUACUUUUAGAUUCUUAGCACUCGUUUUCUUCCUUCGCGGGUGUGUGUGUGUGUGUGUGCGGGCGCGUGCACAGUGUAAGAUAGGCACGUGCAUCUUCUGUACGGACAACAGCGGGACAGUACGGACAGUACGGACAACCUACAGGAGAGCAAAUGUUAAUUUCAUGCUUUUAGUAACAACAUUAAAAAAGAUCUUUAUUGGGUGGACUUAUAUUUGAUGCGAAUAUUUGAUCACUUAAAACUUCAAAAACUUCUAGGUAAUUUGCCAAGCUUUUUGACUGCUCACAAUACCCUCUAAAAAUACUAGUAAUUCUUCCUGUCUGUGUAAUAGUAAGACAUUCAUAUCUGUAGUUACAUUACUAAUAGUUAUUUCUUAGUCCACUGAAUGUUCCCAUGUGCCUCUUUUAUGCCAAAUUAAUUGUCAUAUUUCAUGUUGGGACCAAGUGGUUUGCCUCUGGCAAACCUUAUGACCUGCUGAUGCUUCUCAGAAAACUGAGCAGACUACGAAGACAGCUCUUCUUGGAAAAAAAAAAAAAAAAUUUUCUUUCCUAAUUGUGUUGCU